CGGCUUGCACUACUGCGGUUGUCUCGCACCCACGUUUCAGCAAGAAUUCGGGAAUCGAUAGGCUGGAGUCCACAACUUGCAGAUCGGUCCUCGAGGAGUCACUGAAAUGAUUUCUGCAGCUAUACCAAACUGGACUAAAACAGCACAAUGAACACCUGCGCUUUUCUGCUGCUCCUGGCCGUUCAAAUCUACGCCGAAGGCAUAGAGGGACCAACAGCAGCAGGCUGCACCUUUGACGAGGAUUCUGAGCCCAGUCUGUGUGACUUCACCCAAGGCGAGGAGGAUGACUUUGACUGGCAGCUCUACCGGACACACAACUCGCCCUACGCCUCUUCUGACCUCCUGCAUGGUUCCUAUAUGCUGGUGAACUCUUCCCAGCAUGCUGCAGGGCAUCGCGCCCAGCUCCUGCUACAGACGCUGAGUGAAAACGACACACACUGCGUCCAGUUCAGCUACUUCCUGUACAGCCGCGAUGGCCACAGUCCAGGGGCACUGCGGGCGUAUGUUCGGGUCAAUGGCGGCCCGCUGGGUAGCCCAGUAUGGAACACGUCGGGGUCCCACGGACGACAGUGGCACCAAGUGGAGCUGGCUGUCAGCACCUUCUGGCCCAAUGAGUACCAGGUCCUGAUCGAAGCAACUGUUUCCAGGGAGCGGCGAGGCUACAUCGCCAUGGAUGACAUCAUGCUCCUGACCUAUCCCUGUUAUAAGGCGCCCCACUUCUCCCGGCUGGGAGAUGAGGAAGUCAACGCUGGGCAGAAUGCCACCUUCCAGUGUGUGGCAUCGGGCCGGGCAUCGGAAGCUGAGAAGUUCCUACUGGAGAGGCACAGUGGGGAUGUGAUAGCUACAGCCUUGGUCAAGCACCUGAGUCACCGGCGCUUUGUAGCAUCAUUCCAGGUGGACAGUGUGCAGCGCAACGACCAGGACUUGUACCGAUGUGUCACCCAGUCCUCCAGGGGCUCUGGGGUCUCCAACUUCGCUGAGCUAAUCGUCAAAGUUCCCCCCUCCCCUAUUGCGCCCCCACAGCUGCUGCGAGCGGGCUCCACAUAUCUGAUCAUCCAGCUCAACACAAACUCCAUCCUGGGAGAUGGCCCUAUCAUCAGGAAGGAGAUUGAGUACCGGGCCAGCCAAUCACCUUGGUCCGAGGUCCAUGGGGUCAACAUGGUCACCUACAAGCUGUGGCACCUGGACCCAGACACGGAGUAUCACAUAAGUGUGUUGCUGACCCGGCCCGGAGAGGGCGGCACCGGACCACCCGGACCACCCCUCAUCAGCAGGACUAAGUGUGCAGAACCAACACGGGCCUUGCGAGGUCUCACAGCCUCAGAGAUCCAGUCCAGGCAGCUGACCCUGCAGUGGGAGACGCUGGCCUACAACUUGACCCGCUGCCACACCUACUCUGUAUCCCUGUGCUAUCGCUAUGCCACCGCAGGGGGCGGCGGCGGGCACAACACUACUGUGCGCGAGUGCCUGGCGGUGGAGCACAAUGCCUCACGCUUCACCCUGCGCGACCUGCCGGCCUACCAUUCCAUCCGGGUCCGUCUGGCGCUCGCCAACCCUGAGGGCAAGAAGGAGGGUCGGGAGGUCACCUUUCAGACUGAAGAGGACAUACCCGGUGGCAUCGCCCCUGAAUCGCUGACCUUCACCCCCCUGGAGGACAUGAUUUUCCUCAAGUGGGAAGAGCCAGUCGAACCCAAUGGUCUCAUCACCCAAUAUGAGAUCAGCUAUCAGAGCAUUGAGUCGUCUGAUCCGGGCAUCAACGUGCCAGGACCUAGGAGAACAGUGUCGAAGUUGAGGAACGAAACCUAUCACAUGUUCUCCAACCUUCACCCUGGCACCACAUAUCUGAUUUCUGUCCGCGCCCGCACAACCAAGGGCUUCGGCCAGACCGCCCUAACUGAGAUCACCACCAACAUUUCAGCUCCUAUGUUUGAGUAUGGAGACAUGCCGUCCCCUCUCAGUGAAACAGAGCGCACAAUCACUGUGUUGCUUCGCCCCGCCCUGGGCAGGGGAGCACCCGUCAGUAUGUACCAGGUUGUGGUAGAGGAGGAGAGUGGCAGGAAGGUGAAGAGGGAACUGGGGGUUCAGGACUGUUACCCUCUGCCCAUGUCCCAUGGGGAGGCCCAAGCCAGAGGGACCCCUCACUACUACACGGCCGAGCUGCCUCCCAGCAGCCUGCUUGAAGCCAGCCCCUUCACAGUGGGGGACAACCACACCUACAAUGGCUACUGGAACACCCCGCUGGACCCCCGCAAGAGCUACCUCGUCUACUUCCAGGCCAUGAGCAACUUCAGAGGGGAAACGAGAAUAAACUGCAUCCGAAUAGCCCGGAAAGCGGCCUGUAAGGACCACCGACGGGCUCUGGAGGUGUCCCAACACUCAGAGGAGAUGGGGCUGAUCCUGGGGGUGUGUGCUGGGGGCCUGGUGGUGCUCAUCCUGCUCCUGGGGGCUAUCAUCAUCAUCAUCAGGAAGGGAAGGGACUACUACUCUUACUCUUAUUAUCCGAAGCCAGUGAACAUAAAUAAGACACCCAUAACGUACCGUCAAGAGAAGAGUCACAUGGGUUCGAUGGAGCGCAGUUUCACUGACCAGAGUACCCUGCAGGAGGAUGAGCGCAUGGCCCUCUCUGCAGCACGCAUGGCACACACCUGCAGCACGCGCAGUGAGCAGCGUAGCUCAGUGAACGAGUCCAGUAGUCUUCUGGGGGGUUCGCCGCGACGCCAGUGUGGGCGUAAGGGCUCACCCUACCACACUGGUCAGCUCCACCCUGCUGUGCGCGUGGCCGACCUUCUCCAACACAUCAACCAGAUGAAAACUGCAGAGGGAUACGGCUUCAAACAGGAGUAUGAGAGCUUCUUUGAUGGCUGGGACUGCACCAAAAAGAAGGACAAAACUAAAGGGAGGCAUGACACGUUGAUGGGAUGUAAGUCAUCAUGGACAUGCCAGCCCUCUUGUGACGAAAGCACUGAUCACCACGACCGCCACAGAGUCAAGCUCCACCCACUCCUGGGAGACCCCAACUCUGACUACAUCAACGCCAACUACAUAGACGGCUACCAUCGAUCCAACCACUUCAUAGCCACUCAGGGGCCCAAACAGGAGACAGUGUAUGACUUCUGGAGGAUGGUGUGGCAGGAGAACUGCUUCAGCAUCGUCAUGAUCACUAAACUGGUAGAGGUAGGCAGGGUGAAAUGCUGUAAAUACUGGCCUGAUGACAGUGAGAUGUAUGGAGACAUCAAGAUUACACUGCUGAAGAUGGAAACACUUUCAGAGUACACCGUUCGUACUUUUGCCAUGGAGAGGAGGGGCUACUCAGCUAAACACGAGGUGCGUCAGUUCCACUUCACGUCCUGGCCGGAGCAUGGGGUUCCCUACCACGCCACAGGCCUGCUGGCCUUCAUACGGCGGGUCAAAGCAUCCACUCCCCCUGAUGCCGGACCCGUGGUCGUCCACUGCAGUGUGGGGGCGGGCCGCACAGGCUGCUACAUCGUGCUGGACGUCAUGCUGGACAUGGCCGAGUGUGAGGGCGUGGUGGACAUCUACAACUGUGUCAAAACCCUGUGCUCACGACGCAUUAACAUGAUCCAGACAGAGGAGCAGUACAUAUUCAUCCAUGAUGCCAUCCUGGAGGCUUGUCUGUGUGGAGAGACGGCCAUUUUGGUGAAUGAGUUUGCCCUCACCUACAAAGACAUGCUGAGGGUGGACUCUCAGAGCAACUCCUCCCAGCUACGAGAAGAGUUCCAGACGUUGAACUCGGUCACCCCUCACCUGGACGUGGAGGAGUGCAGCAUCGCCCUGCUCCCCAGGAACCGGGAGAAGAACCGCAGCAUGGACGUGCUGCCGCCCGACCGUGCCCUGGCAUUCCUGGUCACCACCGAGGGCGAGAGCAACAACUACAUCAACGCGGCACUCACUGACAGCUUCCACCAGCCCGCCGCCUUCAUCGUCACCCCUCACCCGCUCCCCGGCACCACCGCCGACUUCUGGAGGUUGGUGUUCGACUACGGCUGCACCUCGGUGGUCAUGCUCAACCAGCUCAACCAGUCCAACUCUGCCUGGCCCUGUGUCCAGUACUGGCCAGAGCCUGGUCUACAGCAGUAUGGGCCAAUGGAGGUUGAAUUCCUGUCCACGUCAGCUGACGACGACGUCAUCACUCGUCUGUUCCGUGUCAAAAACGUGACAAGACUCCAGGAGGGCCAGCUGGUGGUGUGUCAGUUCCAGUUCCUGCGCUGGUCAGCCUACCGCGACGUGCCCGACUCCAAGAAGGCCUUCCUCAGCCUGCUGGCUCAUGUGCACAAGUGGCAGAGGGAGUGUGGAGAUGGCCGCACCGUUGUCCACUGCCUGAGCGGCGGUGGGCGCAGUGGGACAUUCUGUGCCAGCACCAUCCUGCUGGAGAUGAUCCAGUACCAGAACAUGGUGGACAUCUUCUACUCCGUCAAGACGCUCCGCAACUCCAAACCCAACAUGGUGGAGUCACUGGACCAGUACCGAUUCUGCUAUGACCUUAUCCUGGAGUACUUGGACUGCAUAGAAGAUAGCAUGAGAUAGCAAUGUUCCGUAGCUGGUGCAUCUCAUGGGCUGUGACCGCUGACUGGGUUACAUACCCUGUGACCCCCUCAACAUAUACUUUAUUGUUUGGAUUAAUGGGCCUAAACUGUUGUGAAGGACAACAAUAGAAAAAAAGGGGGUAAGUGCUCCUCACUUUUAACCCUUAAAUGUAGAGCUGUGGUUUUGUUAAUUUUAUUGUUGUUGUUGUUUUCAUUUCUGAUACUUUCAGCUUCGUUUUUGUGCGUUUUUGGUCUUUGCCUCUACUGGAACUCUUUUGUGCGAAAUGUUUUAUUGUCGUCAAUGAUGGAGAAACAUGAGAGAGUACAAAGUACCUGUGGAGAGGUCGCUCUGCCUUUCAUAAUUUUCUUCAAACGUGAACGGCCUGGACAGUUUGUCUUGCUAAAAACAGAAUUUGACACUCUGCAUGAAAGUGUUCCAGGUUUCUCCAAGAGCCACAGCAACUGCAGUGUACUGUGGUGAAUACAAGAUAUCUCUACCACAAACUGCCUUACCGUUCCCUAACACUGGGGAAUAUAUAGUACAACUCAAUGGAAGGAUUUCAAUGGGCUACAUGAACAACAAUGCUUUGUGUAACACAUAUGGCAGUGUUAUGAUAAAUAGACGAGUCAUUGAGACAUAGGAUGAAGUACAUUUUGAUGUGUUUGCCGCUUUUUGUGAUGGGCCAUCCUGGUAUGUCAUAAGACUGAUCCAAUUCCCAUCAAAAGGGAUGCCUAACCUGUCACUUAAUUUAAUCGUGCCAAUCCCACAGACUGACUUGAAUCCUGUCUUCCCACGUGUUCUACUCCUUCAUGUUGAUACAUGUAUAGUGCAUUCUGAAAGUAUUCAGACCCCUUGACUUUUUCCACAUUUUAUUCUGUUACAGCCUUAUUCGAACAUGGAUCACACAAUACCCCAUAAUGACAAAGCAAAAACAGUAAAAAAAAAAUAUUUUUGCCAAACGGAAAUACCUUAUUUUACAGACCCUUUGCUAACAUCCUUGGGAUGUUUCUACAACUUCAUUGGAGUCCACCUGUGAUAAAUUCAAUUGAUUAGACAUGAUUUUGAAAGGCACACACUUGUCUAUAUAAGGUCCCACAGUUGACUGUGCAUUACAGAGCAAAAACCAAGCCAUGAGAUCAAAGGAUUUGUCCGUACAGCUCGCAGACAGGAUUGUGUCGAGGCACAGAUCUGGGGAAGGGUACCAAAACAUUAAUGCAGCAUUGAAGGUCAUCAUUCUUAAAUGGAAGAAGUUUGGAACCAUCAAGACUUUUCCUAGGGCUGGCCGCCCAAACGGGGGAGUAGGGCCUUAGUCUGGGAGGUGACCAAGAACCCAAUGGUCACUCUGACAGAGCUCCAGAGUUCCUCGUGGCGAUGGGAAAACCUUCCAGAAAGGCCAACCAUCUCUGCAGCUUUCCUCCAAUCGGGCAUCUAUGGUAGAGUGGCCAGACGGAAGCCACUCCUCAGUAAAAGGCACAUGCCAGCCCGCUUGGAGUUUGUCAAAGGCACCUAAAGACUCUCAGGCCCUGAGAAACAAGAUUCUCUGGUCUCAUGAAACCAAGAUUGAACUCUUUGACCUGAAUGCGAAGCGUAGCAUCUGGGGGUAACCUGGCACUAUCCCUACAGUGAAGCAUGGUGGUGGCAGCAUAUUGCCGUGGGGAUGUUUUUCAGUGGCAGGUACUGGGACACUAGCCAGGAUCGUGGGAAAGAUUAACGGAGCAAAGUACAGAGAUUCUUGAUGAAAUCCUGCUCCAGAGCGUUCACCUCAGACUGGGGUUAAGGUUUAGCUUCCAUCAGGACAACGACCCUAACCAAACAGCCAAGACAGCGCAGGAGUGGCUUCUGGGACAAGUCUCUUGAUGUUCUUGAGUGGCCCAGCCAGAGCCCUGACUUGAACCCGAUCGAACAUCUCUGGAGAUACCUGAAAAUAGCUCUGCAGCUCUGACAGAGCUUGAGAGGCUCUGCAGAGUUGAAUGGGAGAAACUCCCCAAAUACAGGUGUGCCUAGCUUUUAGCUUCAUACAUAAGAAGACUCAAGGCUGUAAUCGUUGCAAAAGGUGCUUCAACAAAGUACUGAGUAAAGGGUCUGAAUACUUAUGUAAAUGUAAUAUUUCAGUGUUUUAUUUGUAAUCAAUUUACAAAAACGUCUAAAACCUGUUUUUGCUUUGUCAUUAUGGUGUAUAGUGUUUAGAUUGGAGAGGGGGAAAAAACAAAUGAAUCCCUUUUAGAAUAAGGCUGUAACAAAAUGUGGAAAAAGUCAGGGGGUCUAAAUACUUUCCGAAGGCACUGUAUUGGUAAAGCCACUGUUCUAAAUGUGGAGGUGUACCCUCCCCAAUGCAUAUCCCCUUAUGCAGUGGUCUUGAAAGCAGUGCAGUGCAGUUGUACAGAUAGAUUUAAGAGGCCGAGUCAUUAGAGAAAGAUGUACAGUAUAAGACAUGUCCAUUAAAACUGCCACUUUUUCUGUGUCCACUUGUCUAUAUGGGCAGACCUUGUAGGACAUCUAUGUUAUCUAUCAUUUGAUGUGGUUUGACUCCCAGAUAGGAAUCCCUAAAGGGAAUACAAUUGAAGAGAUACUCAAAUACAUUUAAAUAUAAAUUGGACCAAGCUUCAUAAAUGUGCUCUUACUUUUUAUGUACCAUAGUGUAUUUAUCUACCAUGUUAGUCAAGUUGAUAAGUACUGUACGGUGUAUGCCACACAUCUAAUUUGUCCAAUAUGUUUUACUGUGCUGGGGACUCCAUUGAUGUUCACACCAUGCUCAGUAGUUAUAAUUAAAUAAACGGGGGGAGUGGAAAACCUGGUUUUCCCCAAUCUGGACCUUGUUCCACAAUAUAGACUGGUGUAGCUAACCCAUUAGACCCUGUCUGUAUGAAAAUACACAGCUCGUAUAUGCAUGUUGGAAUGUGUAGCCUAUUAUAUGAUCUGUCCUGAGACCCUGAUCCCAAAUUAAAUGAAAAGUGCCCAUAACCCAUAGAACACUAACAUGAAGCAAAUCCCCUUUGGGAUUUUAAAUAUAACAUUUGGUGGUUAAAUCAAGGGUCAGUAAACCAGUAUUGCAGUCUCUACUAAUGCCCACUAAGUGAGAACAUAAGCAGUUUGCUUUUUCUGCAGAUGAUCUCAGGGUCUUACUGUGCUGUAAUGGUGGCGCAAAUGUCACUCCUAUUGACCAGGAGUUCCUCCUCCUCUAAAAAGCCCUCUCCUGGGGACUGGGACAGUACAAUGAGUGGCAUUCGCCCCAACCACGGCAGCUAAGACAGACCCAGUCCCUGCUAGUUCUUAAAUCUGUGGUCUGGUCAAAGCACCAGCAUGGAGGAAGUAGAGAAAGAGACAGUAUUCCAGACCCCAACAGGGUCUUAAAAAUCUGACAGUUAUGCAUCUUUUUCAUGCAAAACUGGAUUAGAAAAAUGUUAAGGUUUGCUAGUGCAGUGCUUCCUGGGUUCUGUUGGGCACUUCAUGAACAAAAGGCAUCAUUGCUCGUCUUUGAAAUCCCUGGAGUACAAAAGAAAGUGCCUGGACACUUACUUGAGGUUUGAGAGUAUAUGUGUACAUAUCGAUGUAUAUUUACUGUAGGUUCUGUGAAUAAUUCCUAUCUGUUUGCCCAGAGUAAAGAUGUACAGUAAGUGACCACAAAGCUGAAUGUACUUUACCAUGACCAUCAUUCUAGUCCCAUCUAUACUUGGUUCUAACUUGCAUCUUUUGUCCUGAUCUUGUCUACAUUCUGAUUGUGCCCACAUUUUGUGACCAGUGUAGAUGAUCAAAAGACACAUUGUGAAUCAGAUCCUCCUGCCCACCUCAAGAGGUAGUCAGACACAAUCUAUCUGUAACAGAGAAACCAUUUAAAUCAUAAUUAUUCAUCAAUCAAAUUUAUUUAUGAUGCCCUAUUUACAUCAGCCGAUGUCACAAAGCGCUGUACAGAAACCCAGCCUAAAACCCCAAACAGCAAGCAAUGCAGAUAUAGUAGCACGGUGGCUAGGGAAAACUCCGGAACCUAUAGGAAGAAACCUAGAGAGGAACCAGGCUCUGAGGGGUGCCCAUUCCUCUUCUGGCUGGGCCAGUUGAAGAUUAUAACAGAACAUGGCCAAGAUGUUCAAACGUUCAUUGAUGACCAGCACGGUCAGAUAAUGAUAAUCACAGUGGUUGGUCAGCAAGUCAGCACCUCAGGAAAAAAUCUCAGUUGACUUUUCAUAGCCAAUCAUUCAGAGUUAGAGACAGCAGGUGAGGUAGAGAGUGAGUCCAAAACAGAAGGACCAGGACAAGGUAGGACAUCCAGUGAACAGGUCAGGGUUCCAUAGCUGCAAGCAGAACAGUUGAAACUGGAGCAGCAGCAUGACCAGGUGGACUGGGGACAGCAAUGAGUCAUCAGGCCAGGUAGCCCUGAGGCAUAGUCCUAGAGCUCAUGUCCUCCUAAUGAAGAGAGAGAGAGAAUUAGAGGGAGCAUACUUAAAUUCACACAGGGCACUGGAUAAGACAGGAGAAAUACUCCAGAUAUAACAGAAUGACCCUAGCCCCCCAACAAAAACCAUUGCAGCAUAAAUACAGUGGCCCUGUCCGACGAUACCCCCCGGACAGGGCCAAACAGUCAAACAGCACAGCCCCCACACCACUAGAGGGAUAUCUUCAACCACCGACUUACUACCCUGAGACAAGGCCGAAUAUAACCCACGGAGAUGUCCCCCACUUCAUGAACCCGAGGGGUGCGCCAACCCGGUCAGGAAGAUCACGUAAGUGACUCAACGCACUCAAGUGACGCUUGCCUUUCCGUUCACCUUCACACCCCUGGGCCAGAUUACACUCAAUCAUAGGACCUACUGAAGAGAUGAGUAUUCAAUAAAGAGUUAAAGGGCGAGACCGAGUCUGUGCCUCUCACAAGGAUCAGCAGACCAUUCCAUAAAAAUGGAGCUCUAUAGGAGAAAGCCCUGCCUCCAGCUGUUUACUUAGAAAUUCUAAGGACAGUAAGGAGGCCUGCGUAUUGUGACCGUAGCGUACAUGUAGGUAUGUACGGUAGGACCAAAUCAUUACGAUAGAUAGGAGCAAGCCCAUGUAAUGCUUUGUAGGUUAGGAGUAAAACCUUGAAAUCAGCCCUAGCCUUAACUGGAAGACAGCGUAGAGAAGCUAGCACUGGAGUAAUAUGAUAAAAAAUGUUGGUUCUAGUCAAGAUUCUAGCAGCCGUGUUUAGCACUAACUGAGGUUUAUUUAGUGCUUUAUCCUAGUAGCCAGAAAGUAGAGCAUUGCAGUAGUCUAAUCUAGAAGUGACAAAAGAAGGGAUACAUUUUUCUGCAUUUUGGAAAGAAAGUUUUCGAUUUUUGCGAUGUUACGAAGAUCUGUCCUUGAAAUAUUCUUGACGUCAAAAGAGAGAUCAGGGUCCAGAGUAACGCCGAGGUCCAUCAAGAUUAAUUAUCAGAUCCAACAGAAGACAUCUUUGUUUCUUGGGACCUAGAACAAGCAUCUCUGUUUUGUCCGAGUUUAAAAGUAAAAAAUGUGCCGACAUCCACUUCCUUAUGUCUGAAACACAGGCUUCCAGGGAGGGCAAUUUUGGGGCUUCACCAUGUUUCAUCGAAAUGUACAACUGUGUAUCGUCCAUAUAGCUUUGUUUCCAAAUGACAUUACCAAGAGGUAUAUAUUGAAUAACAAUGAUGGUCCUAAAACAGAACCUUGAGGAACACCGACAUUUACAGUUGAUUUGCCAGAAGACAAACCAUCCACAGAGAGAAACUGAUAUCUUUCUGAUAGAUAAGAUCUAAAUCAGGCCAAAACGUUUCCGUGUCGACCAAUUUGGGUUUCCAAUCUCUCUGUGGAUGGAAUGUGGUAAUUGAUGGAAUCAAAAGAAUGUGGUGAUCGAUGGCAUCAAAAGCAGGUCUAGGAGCAUGAGGACUGAUGCAGAGCCUUGGUCUGACGCUAUUAAAAGGUAAUUUACCACCUUCACGAGUGCAGUCUCAGGGCUAUGAUGGGGUCUAAAACCAGACUGAAGCGUUUCAUUAUAGAUUGUUUGUCUUUUGGAAGGCAGUGAGUUGCUGCGCAACAGAUUUGUACUUUUUUUUGAGAGGAAUGGGUGAUUCGAUAUAGGCCCAUUUAGUUUUUAAAAAUUUUCUGGGUCAUGGUUUGGCUUUUUCAAGAGAGGCUUUAUUACUGCCACGUUUAGUGAGUUUGGUACACAUCUGGUGGAUAGGGAGCCGUUUGUUAUGUUCAACAUAGGAGGGCCAAGCACAGGAAGCAGCUCUUUCAGUAGUUUAGUUGGAAUAGGAUCCAGUAUGCAGCUUGAAGGUUUAGAGCCAAGACUAUUUUCAUUAAUGUGUCAAGAGAUAUAGUUUUAAAAAAACUUGAAUGUCUCCCUUGAUCCUAGGUCCUGGCAGUGUUGUGCAGACUCAGGACAACUGAGCUUUGGAGAGAUACAAAGAUUUAAAGAGGAGUCCAUAAUUUGCUUUCUAAUGAUCAUGAUCUUUUUGUCAAAGAAGUUCAUGAAUUUCUCACUGCUAAAGUGAAAGCCAUCCCUCUCUAGCUUUCCGACAGUAUCAAAAAUACAUUUUGGAUUGUUCUUAUUCUCCUCAAUUAAGUUGGAAAAAUAGGAUGAUCGAGCAGCACUGCUCUUCGAUACUGCACGGUACUGUCUUUCCAAGCGAGUCGGGAAGACUUCCAGUUUGGUGUAGCGCCAUUUCCAAUCCAAUUUUCUGGAAGCUUGCUUCAGAGAUCGGGUAUUUUCUGUUUACCAGGUAGAUUCUUAUGACAGAUGUUUUUUUGUUUUUGGGGUGCCUCUGCAUCUAGGGUAUUACGCAAGAUUAAAUGUAGUUCCUCCGUUAGGUGGUGAACUGAUUUUUGUUCUCUGAAGUCCUUGGAUAGGUGGAGGGAGUCUGGAAGGGUAUCUCAGAGUCUUUGGGUUGUCUGGGAAUUUAUAGCACAGCUUUUGAUGAUUGUUGGUUGGGGUCUGAGCAGAUUAUUUGUUGCAAUUGCAAAUGUAAGAAAAUGGUGGUCCGAUAGUCCAGGAUUAUGAGGAAAAACAUUAAGAUCCACAAUAUUUAUUCCACAGGAAAGCCUUUUGGAGUGGGUCUGUGGACCUUUCCAUGUGAAUAUUACCUGCCAUGACAACAAAGUCCAAUAAGAAUUCAGGGAACUCAGUGAGGAACGCUGUAUACAGCCCAGGAGGCCUGUAAAUAGUAGCUAUAAAAAGUGAUUGAGCAGGCUGCAUAGAUUUCAUGACUUGAAGCUCAAAGGACAAAAACACACAUUUUCUUUUUGUAUAUUGAAAUUGGUAAAUAUUAGCAACACCUCCGCCUUUGUGGGAUGUGCGGAGGAUAUGGUCACUAGUGUAACCAGGAGGAGAGGCCUCAUUUAACACAGUAAAUUCAUCAGGAACAAGCCAUGUUUCAGUCAGGCCAAUCACAUCAAGAUUAUGAUCAGUGGUUAGUUCAUUGGCUAUAACUUCCUUGGAAGUGAGGGGUCUAAGUAGCCCAUUUUUGAGAUGAGAUAUCACAAUCUCUUUCAAUAAUGACAGGAAUGGAGGAGGUCUUUAAUUCCAGUGAGAUUGCUAAGGCGAACACCACCAUGUUUAGUUUUACCCAGCCUAGAUCGAGGCACAGACACAGUCUCAAUGGGGAUAGCUGAGCUGACUACACUGACUAUGCUAGUGACUGACUCCAGUAAGCUGGCAGGGUGGCUAACAGCCUGCUGUCUGGCCUGCACCCUAUCUCAUUGUGGAGUUAGAGCCCUGUUCAUAGAUAAGAGGAGAGCACCCCUCCAGCUAGGAUGGAGUCAGUCACUUCUCAGCAGGCCAGGCUUGGUCCUGUUUGUGGGUCCUGUUUGUGAGUCCCAGAAAGAGGGCCAAUUAUCUAAAAAUUCUUUUGGGAGGGACAAACAGUUUUCAACCAGUUUUCAACCAGCGAUUGAGUUGUGAGACCCUGCUGUAGAGCUCAUCACUCCCCCUAACUGGGAGGGGGCCAGAGACAAUUACUCGAUGCCGACACAUCUUUCUAGCUGAUUUACACGCUGAAGCUAUGUUGUGCUUGGUGACCUGUAACUGUUUCAUCCUAACAUAAUUGGUGCCGACGUGGAUAACAAUAUCCCUAUACUCACCGGUUUUAGCCUUAGUCAGCACCAUCUUCAGAUUAGCCUUAACGUCGGUAGCCCUGCACCCUGGUAAACAGUGUUUGAUUUCUGGAUGAUUAUUUUUUAAGUUUAAUACUGCAGGUCAUGGAGUCGCCAAUGACUUGGGUGUUCAAUUUGUUAGAGCUAAUGGUGGUAGGCUUCGGCGUCUCAGACCCCGUAACCGGUGGAGGAGAGACAAAAGAAGACUCGGACUCUGACUCGGACUCGUUGAUUAAUGGGGAGAACCGGUUGAAAGUUUCUGUCGGCUGAAUGAGCGACACCGGUUGAGCAUUCCUACAGCAUUUCCUUCCAGAAGCCAUGAGAAAAUUGUCGAGCUGCCGGGAUUGUGUGAGGGGAUUUAUGCUACAAUCUGUAUUUAUUGGUGGCACAGAAGCUGUUUCAUACUUUCCUACACUUAAAUUACCCUUGCCUAACGAUUGCGUCUGAAGCUGGGCUUGCAGCACGGCUAUCCUCACCGUUCUCCUGUAUAUAAGAAGGCAUCAUGUUAAUGUUACUGCUUAGCUUCGGCUGGUGGAAGUUGUGUAGAACCAUGUUCAGAUAAAGUGUCUUGGGUGAAAAAAGUCAAGCGAGGGGAAAAAAAUAUAUAUAAAACGGCAAUUAAAAAGUAAAAAACGUAAACAAAUCUUUGACAAGUGGCACUAUUGACUGAUUACAUAAAUAUGUCUUACGUGCCCAAUAAAUAAUUAUAUUUUGAAAGAAUAGCUGUGAAAUAAUUAGCAUAAAGGAAGGGACUGUUCACAGUGCAGACACAGUGGACAGAUAAGACACAUUUUAUUUGAUUUCUGCAUUGUUGGGGUUAGAGCUUGCAAGAAAUGCAUUUCACUGUACUUGAAACUUUUAAUACCAUGUGUAGACACAUUUAUGGAUGUGUGGGUACAAUCAGAAUGUAGACAAGAUCAGGACAAAUGACCUAUUUUAACACCAGGUAUAAACUGGGUCUAUGAGUUUAAUGCAGUCAGAUUAUUUGCCACAUUUUGCCAACGAUUGUGGGCAUUUUUCUCUGAGUGCCAUUCCAAAGCCCCUUCUUCUAAAAAAACAUGCCUCUGACCAUUAACGCAUGUGUGAAUACAAAUGUUCAAAUCAGUUUGCCUUUUUCUUCCACUUCAAAGACAUUCUCAUUUGUGUUACUUGGUGCUCUAUUCAAUCUGUAAAGCUGAAGCAUUACAGAUUCCGCCAUAGAAAUGUAAAGGUAAUUUCCAAAUUCUGCCGACAUUUACCGACGUUUAUCAUGAAUGCAGUCUCUACUAAAGCAGGAACAUUACCUUUAAAUUUAAAUCACGCUGUAAAGUUGAAUUUCACAGAGCAGAUUGAAUAGAGCCUUUGAUUAUAAUUCUGAUCUGCAUCAUUACUGUGUAUUUCCACAUAGCUGUCACAGUGUGAACUGAACGCAAUUGACUUUUACUUUUUCAAAGCUCUCAUCAUGCUUUUGUAACGACAGUAAUUGCUUGAGUGGGCCGCCUCCAUUCGUUCCUUCUUGAGUGUUUUUGUAUAAUAUUGGAACAAGAGUACUGUGUUUCUGACCAUGUAUUUGUGGGGCAGGGUGUGUAUGUAAAAAGAGAGAGAGGGAGGCAAAGGAAAGGAAAUAUAUUUGGCGGGUGGGAGUGGGUUUUUGUUCUGAAGAAUAACAACCAUCAACAAUAAAAAUGUAUUGAGACAAA